AAAAAGCUCUCUACCUCAGUAUAGCCUAUGUUGUAUAUUUAAUAUAAUCAUGUGCACUUUGUAAUGGAGGAGAGUUUGUAGACUGAAAACACUACAAAGUGUUUUCUUUCUGCUGACAAGACCAGCGACUCCAGAGGAGCAACAGGUGUGUUGAUAGAAACCAACAGUCCCCCUGUUUGUGUUUGCCUCACAUCCAACACCCGUCACUAUGCCUGGUGAAAUUCUGCAACGUGUCAGCACCUCGACCUUGAAUAUCCAGCGCCUCCCCCGCCUGUCAGACCUCAUCCCUCCCUCACUGCCGUCACCCAGCCCCACAGUCACGGCCUCCCAGGUCCCCAGCUUGUUCCGGGAGCCCUACAUCCUGUCGGGCUACCGUCCCGUCCAGCAGGAUUGGCGCUGCUACCUCCUCAGCCUCUUCCAGAGACACAACGAAACCUUGAACGUGUGGACUCAUUUGCUUGUGGGUCCCGUGCUGCUGCUCCGCUGGUGGGCCAACAAAGACACCCUGGGGUACACCUUGGAUGCAGCGUCUCUGCCGCUGACCCUCUUCUUGGUGUCUUCGUUCACCUACCUGUCCUUGAGUGUGACAGCUCACCUCCUGCAGUCUCACUCUGAACGCGCGCACUACUUCUUCUUCUUCCUGGACUAUGUGGGCGUGGCCUCGUACCAGUACGGCUGCUCACUUGUACAUUAUUUCUACACAUCAGAGGCAUCAUGGAGGGACAGCUACAUUGGGCUGUUGUUUAUCCCCGGGACUGCGUUCUUAGCGUGGCUCUCAUGUGCUGGCUGCUGUUACGCUAAGUUCAGGUAUAGACGGCCAUAUCCGCUGCAGCGUAAAAUCUGUCAGUUAAUCCCCACGGCCCUGGCAUACGUGCUGGCCAUCAGCCCCGUAGUCCACCGCCUGUUUACUGUCUCCUGGACACAGGAGCCCUCUCAGCCCUUCCAUGCCCUCCAGAUUGCCUCCUUCCUGCUGUCCGCCCUCUUCUUCUCUUGUCCCAUCCCUGAGCGCUUCUUCACAGGCCGCUGUGACUUUGUGGGUCAGGGUCACCAGAUCUUCCACGUGUUUCUGUCUCUCUGCACGGUGUUCCAGCUGGAGGCUUUUUUCUGGGACUACGCCAGGCGGAGGGAUACGUUGGUGGAGGUGUUCGGAGAGGGGCAGCUGUGGUGGGCAUGUGCGCUCUUCCCCGGCCUGUUUGUGUGUUGCAUCGUGACAGCACUCGUCACAAUGAGGCACAUGAACAAGAAGCUGCAGGGCAAACAAGAGAGAGACAAGUGACGGUAAAAGAGAAGAAGAAGAAGUUCUGACAUUAAAUUCAGUGUAGAAUGUGCUGAAAUACAUGAAGAUAAUGAAGAACAGUGUCUUAGAAAUGAUGCGUUUUCAAAUGAUCUACAGCUCAUCAACAAUUAUUUGUUUGCAAAAACAAAACAAAUCACCACUGAAAUUAAAUAAUUGCUUCUAUGGACCAAGUCCUACUAACAAUGACCAAUGGGAUGACCCCUAGAGAGGGAAACUUUAUUUUUUAUUUUUUUGUUAAAUGGACAAUAACAAACAUGCCCUGAAAAUGUCUCCUUUACUUUUUUAAGUUAUGCUGCCCAAAGUACAGACAGUCCAACUCCCUUGGAUGGAGAAACUGAGUUUUCCAGUAACAGUCUCCACUGUCAGGAGAAAACAGCAGCUCUGGAUUUACAGCGUUCAGACGAGCCAAACAGUGGGAUUUACAGUUGGUGAACAAAGAGGCCAGUAUAACUGUGAAGCAGGGGAUCGAGCACAUGCUUACUAGUUGGCAGAACAGCCCUCCAAGUGGGUGUGUGUGUGUGUCUGUUCCAGUAUUACUCAUGAUGUGGGGACGAAAAGCGAGUCCCCCAUAAUAAAUGAAUAAUAAAUAAAUUUAAGGGAUGCCAUUUUGUAUGUUUUGGAUGAGGUUAGGGUUAGGAAAGUAUGUAAUAAUGGUUGGAUACAUUGUAAUGUGGAUGGAAAUGUAACCUGGAUGUACGGCAAGUUGAAAUAAAUGUGCAAACCCUUUCUUGCUUUUGCCACUACAGUUAGAGUUAGUCUCCAGAAAAUGAAUAUAAUGUGAGUGUGUGUGUGACAGAAGACAACACUGCCCUGCAGUGGCCAAAUGCAGCAAAUGACAACUGCAUGACUUCACCUCAUAAUAAUCAACAUGUGGUGAUUAGAUGAUUCACUCACCGGUGAUAUCAUGCAACAAAUCUUAUUAUAUGUAGAAUUUUGAAGGUUUGAAUGGUUUUGAAUGGACAGAACGGAGAAAAGUCAAUCUCAUUUUCCUGUGUAUAAGGAGUCGACAUGAAAUCUACGAUAUGUUUACAUCCACACAAUCUGGAAUAAACUGGAACGAGUUUUC